UCCAAUCAAGUACUGACUUCUCACGUCAGAUAAACAGACCAGUGCUCAGAGGACGCAGCAGACACGCCUGAUGAUGCUGGCCUUCGUUAAAGUCAAUCUGGAACUCUUUGCCUGUUAGAUAGGACUUUUAAUCUACAAUUUUGCUUUAACUCAGCUGUUGCUCACAGCUGUUUUCUCUGUUAUUUAAAAAAAAAAAUCUAAUUUUUGAUCCUACCUGGCUCUACUGAGAUCUGCCUCCUACAGGAAGGUUCGCCCCUCUCUGCUGCCAUGAGAGGCCUCCCUCUGGUGUGGCUGUGCUUGCUGCUCAGCCUCCUGCCUCUGGAGAUCCAGUCCCGGGGUCUGAGAGUUCACAGGCACAGGAUAGGUGAACCCAGAAUCAAUACAGCGUCUUACCCCAACACCCCACCUGGUGUGUCUGAUCUUUCUGCUGCCAGCAGUAAUCAAAUCCCACAGGAAGACACACAACACACUGGAAGGGCCCCACUGCACAGAGACGCAUCAUCAAAGUUGUCUGACAUGCUUCUUCAUGGAAACAGUAACGCGCUGCCGGUGGAACCGGUGUGGCAGCGAGGGUCACGGGGUCGUCGUCAUGCCAAGAGUGGAGGUUCAAGGGGCCAUGGCCAUCUGAUGAGGGUGGGGUGCGUUCUUGGCACCUGUCAGGUGCAGAACCUGAGCCACCGACUCUACCAGCUAAUUGGACAGAACGGCAGGGAGGACUUUUCCCCCAUCAACCCCCGCAGCCCCCACAGCUACGGCUAGCAUCACACCUCCAACCAGAGGCGUACUGGGACAUUCAACCUUUCUAAAUCAUUCAUUUCCAUUGGACCACAGAUGGAAAACUUGACGCUGAUGUUUACCCUAUCCAUUUAGAGCUUUUUUUUAAUGGUUCUAACAGUAAUUUUCAUUGAUUUUUUGAUAGCACUGUUCUCACUGAGGAAUUUCUUUAGAUCUGUGACUGUUACAGCAUUUAUAAAGAAAAUAAAAAUGCUGUGAGAGAGCUAGAUGUCAAACAGAGUUAGAUGUCAAACAAACAAAGGGUAAAUAUGGCCUAAGGACUAAAUCUAUAAAUUCUUAAAAAGUUCCUGAGAGAAAAAGAGCCAACUGGUGGUGUGCCACAUAUGCUUUGUGAUUUUUCUUUCUCAAUGAUGAGGGGAAGUGGCAGGAAAUCAUUGAUGAGAUAGGAAACCCCAGCUUCACAUAAUUUUAGGAUUUAGCAGCUAAAGAAAGGAGAAAUUGGAGAGGCAACGCCUGAUCCAGCCAGAAGUGUCCAGUCUUGAUUCAAAGACCGGGGACACUCACAGUUUAUUGUUCCAUUUUAUAAUAAAUUGUGUUUUUCAUGACAAGUUGAGACAGAUUUAUGGUUUAUAAAUCAGCCGUGGUAUGCGAUGGCCAGUCGAGACUCGUCCAUGCAGAGAUUUUUUUGUGAUACCGAUCAGUCAUUUGGGAUUGAGCAUUUGCAGAAAUCCAAAAUCCCCACCCUGCAAGAGAGGUCUAAUGACAAAACUCUAACUUAAGUUUGGGUCUAAACACAGUAAACCACAACAGUUUUAAUAGUUUAAUAAAACUAAUAUUACAGAGAUUUUAUUCAAAUUGAACACUUCUGCUUUCAGAGCAGAACUCCUACCUCAAAAAAAAUUAAAAUGAUGGAAAGGAUAUUCUCCAAAAUCAAAGAUCUGCAGGUGUCAACUUUUUCCGAACAAAAUCUUUUGAGCACAUUUGUACAAUGAGUUAAGAGUCUUAUCUUUUAAUUCAGCAUAACGUUCAAGUGACAAAGUAUGGCUCCAAUUUUAGUGAUGACUGAAAUAUAAAACAGCAAUAUCCAUCCAUCCAUCCAUCCAUCCAUUUUCUUACACCCUUGUCCCUCAGUGGGGU